AUGGAUAGGCGACUCGCAUGUUUUUUCGUGGCUUUCCUUGUUGCCUUCAUCGCCAUGGAAGCAACAUUUGUUCAAAGUGAUGAUAGUGCUGGCAACGGCAAUGGAAACGGUAACAACGGCGAUGGAAAUGGCAAUGGAAAUAGCGGCAAUGGUAAUGGAAAUGGCAACAAUGGUGAUGGCAAUGGUAAUGGUAACGGCUCUGACGGAAAUGGAAAUGGUAAUAACGGCAGCGGCAAUGGAAAUGACAACGGUAACGGGAAUGGAAAUGGUAACAACGGUAAUGGAGACCGAAGCGGUAACAACGGUAAUGGAAAUGGAAAUGGCAACAACGGCAAUGGCAAUGGUAAUGGCAAUGGAAGCCCAGAUAAAUAUACAUGUCCUGCCACUGCUGAAGGGCGAUGCUCCAAUGUCCCCCUUAUUUGUCCUCCUGAAUGCCCUUUAAGAAAACCUAAGAAGAACAAGAGGAAUAAGGGAUGCUACAUCGACUGUAAUACUUGUGAGGCAACUUGCAAAUUUAGGAGAGCAAACUGUGAAGGUUACGGAUCCAUCUGUUACGAUCCAAGAUUUGUUGGUGGUGACGGUGUUAUGUUCUACUUCCAUGGAGCCACCGGAAGUGACUUUGCACUUGUAACUGACGAUGAGUUCCAAAUCAAUGCACACUUCAUUGGAACCAGACCACAAGGACGUACCCGUGAUUUCACCUGGAUUCAAGCUCUCUCAGUUAUGUUCGAUACUCACAAUCUUGUUCUUGCAGCCAAGAGAGUCUCAACAUGGGACGACAAGGUCGAUUCUCUUAUUGUUCGAUGGGAUGGAGAAAAUAUUGAAAUCCCCACAGAUGGGGAGGCAGAGUGGAGAGUCACUGUAGACGGAGAUAGAGAAGUUAUAAUUGAGAGAACCGACGACACAAACAGCGUAAGAGUAAGCGUAACCGGGUUGGUUGAAAUGGACGUAAAAGUAACACCAAUUGGCGUUGAAGAAAACCGUGUCCACAAGUAUCAAAUUCCAUCUGAUGAUGCUUUUGCUCAUCUUGAAACUCAAUUCAAGUUUAAGAAUUUGUCAGAUUCAGUUGAUGGAGUUCUAGGCCAGACAUACAAGUCCGGUUACGUUAGUCCCGUCAAGGUUGGCGUCGCGAUGCCAAUGAUGGGUGGAGAGGGAUAUUUCAAAACACCUUCCCUUCUUUCUCCUCUAUGCAAACGUUGCAGGUUCACCGGUAAAACCACGAAAUCCGAGUUGGGUGCCAUCAGUAUGGUGGUUUAG